AUGUAAGACGAUCGGGUUAGAUACAUGUAUGACUUUUAUUUCAUAAAAGGAAUUCUGUGUAUUCUGAACAUAGAAAGGAUCUUUCUAAAAACAUGGAUGUUGUGUGUUUUGCUAUGGCAGUUGAGUUGGACAGAUUGGUACAAGAAAACAAUUUGCUUAAAGAGGAAGUCAAAGAAAUCUCAAAUCUUAGAGUCGAUCGACUCAAUUACGAAAAGCAAAUUGGAGAUCUGAUGAACAGAUUGCAAUCGCUCAUGGCUGAAAAUGAUAUGCUAAAACGGGAUAAUGACAAAUUGAAGGCUCAACUAAAUUCAUCCAAUCAGAGAGCCCAACAACUGGAAGGACAAGUAAAGGACUUUUAAUAGGAGAUACAAUUGGUCUCCAAUAAAUUGGAAGACAUCACUGGAGGAGAUGGUGGUAAAUCAAAUAGUAUGAUCUUUUAUUUUAGAUUUUGACAUCGAAGCCUUAAAAUAAAAGGCAGAGUUGUUGGAUAAUUUGGCUAAGGAUGGACAAUCAAUGGAAGACUUAUCAGAUUUAUUGGAUUCUCUUAGAGAUAAAGCAGAAAAAUAUGAUCAUCAUUUAGAAUUGUUAAAUGGAAGAGACCUUGAAGAUGUAUUGAAUGAUCUCGACGAAUUGGAAAAGCUAAGGAAACUAGUUAAAGAACUUUAAGCAAAGGUGAGUGAUUUAUAGAAGGAAUUGGAAGCAUUAAAGAAAAAAUCCAAAGAAUUAGAUGACAUGAAGAAGAAAUUGGGAGAUGAUCCCAAUAAGGAAGUCGAUAAAUUGAGAAAACAAUAGAAAGACUAAGAAGAUCUCAAAAAGAAAUUGGCUGAUGCCUUGAAGGAAAUUGAAUAAUUGAAGAAAUCAUUGAAUGAUAAAAAUGCUGAAUGCAAUAAGUUAGGUUAAUAGGUUGCUUAACUCACUUAGGACAAUUAGGUUAAAGAUCAAAGAAUUUAGGAAUUGGAAAGAUAUGCUCAAUAAUACUAGGAAUUACAAAUCAAGGUCAAUAAAUUGGAACAAGAAUUAGAUAAUCUAUAAAGAUAGUUGAGAGAUAAAAACCAAUAAUUAGAAGAGAAGACUAGAUUGAUUGAUAAUUUAAAUAGAGAAAUCUAAUAAUUGAAAGCUGAAUUAUAAAGAUUAAAAGAUUAGAUUGCCAAUUUGGAGAGAGAAAAAUAAUAAUUGUUGUAGUAAUUGUAAUAAUUGCAAAAUUAACUUGCUUAAUUGUAAGACUAACUAAGAAAUGCUUAAGGAUAAUUACAACAAUUAAACUCAAUUGCUAAUCAAAAUGAUGAUGAUAAGGAGAGAUAUGAGCAAGAAAUAGAUGAAUUGAAAAAUGAGAUUGAAUCACUCAAAGAAUAAAUUGAUGAAUUAAAUGAUGAAAUAGCAAAGUUAAAAAGAAAGAUAUCAGAAUAGGAUGAUUAGAUUGAUUCAUAAACUAAAACCAUAUCCAAUAAAAUUGCAAGAAUUAAAGAAUUAGAAGAUCUUUUGAAUCAAAAAGAAAAGGCCAUCAAAGAAUAAGAAAGUAAAAUAAAGAAAUUACCAGGAUCCAGUGUGGUUGUUGGUGGAAGAGCAGGGUAACCAGCAUAGGCAUUACAAGGAGGAUCUGAUGUUAUCAACAAAUCCUUGGCCAGUUAAUUGUAGGGAGGAACAGGUUAACCAGGUAGUUUGGGAUCUAAAAGUGGACUUGCUGGCUUAGGAUAAGGAGAUGAAUCUUAAAGUACAGUGUUAUUGAGUCAAUAUCAAAAUGUUUUAUUGGCUUAUUUAUUGAUUGCUGCUGAAAAUGAAAGAAUUAGUGAGGCCUUAAGAAACACAGUUCAAGAUUACGAAUAGGUAUUAAAUGAUUUGAGAAAUGCUGAAGGAGAGAUUUCUUAUUUAAAGAAAUCUAUAUCUGAUUUACAAACUUAAAUUAAUGAUGUAAAUAAUAAUUUCAUUUUUAGCUUCGAUUGUAAUUGGAUGAGGCAAGAAGAAAGGCCAUGAAUAAUGAUGAACUUGAAAAACUAAGAAGACAAUUAACAGAGUACGAGAACAAACUAGCCUUAUUAUCAAUGGAAUUGUAGAGAUAGAGAACAGUCUCUGGUUCAGGACUAUAAGGAACCUCUUAACAACUUAUUUCUUAAUAAAAUACAUUUGGAUAUGAGGAUAAAUAGAUCAAUUUUGAUUAAUAAUACAGGUCACCAAGAGGUUCACAAAGAAAUGUGAAUAUCAAUGUCAAUGGUGAGGACGAGUCUUGGAGAUUGAAGAAAAUAAUUGAAGAUUAAUUAUGUUUGAUAGUCCUUAUGUCAGCUGAGCUUGAAACCUUAAGAUCUUAAGAGACAGCUAAUUAAAGAUUGAAUUAAUCAGGAGUUCAGAGAUCAACUAUCCAAACCAGCUAAGUUUAGGUUGGAUAUGGAAAAAGCACAAUAUAUUGA